CUUGACUUGUAAUAAUUUUACUCUUUUUGAUUUGCUUACUGAUUUUAGCGCCUGAAUGCAAGGCUCGUUGGGAAAUACUUCGUGCUGAGUACAUCGCCUACCUUCGUUCCGUUGAGGCCGAUAAGGAACAGCGUAGACUUAGUCGUUCAUUAAAAAAAAUCAUUCAGAAAAGAAAAAAUAAAAAUUAUUACUGUGGAUGUUAUCUACAUCCAAAUUUAAGCCGGUAGACGACGAAGUUACAAUCAAGAAUUAACCAGAACUGUGGCAAUGAAUUAAAACUUUAAUAAGUAAACCGGAAGGACCCGUGAAUAUUUUCGAAGUUACACGCAAAUUUAAAAAUACUAGAAUCCCGCCGACUCCCUAUAUAACGAUUUCACUUAAGGAUACUAAAUUCGCGAUAAAUCAUCACAUGUAAAUAAAUACCCCAGAGAGUUUAAAUUAUACACCUAGCAUGAUACAAAAGGACUGUAUACAUAAGAGCCGGAAACAAAAUUGAACGAUGGGCGUGGAACCGCCAUAUCUCAAGACUUACUCGACCAGCAUCCACCAAAUGUGGUACAUCUUAUUAUUCUAAUCUUCCUAUUCCAGUGCAAAAACAAGCUAAAUCGGACUAUAACGACUUCCACUUUCCGGUGUGCGAUCCAAGCACCAUUGAGGAUAGAUGGAUCGUGAUCAUGCUAAAGAUAAGCCUAGCCGUACGGCAGCUUAAUCGUCCGGGAUGUCAGUGCCUGAAUGCAAGGGACGCUGGCGAAAUAUACGCGCCGCCUACGCACGCUCCGUUGACGCCUACAAGACCAAGAGAGUACCGAGGCAGUACUAUUUAGCUUGGGAGAUGGCAUUUUUAAAACCCCACCUACUAAAAAAAGUUACACAAAAUAAUAGACAAAAUAAUGGGAUUAAUAACUCAGAAGCUGGCGCAAAUGAAAACGACGUCCAUGAUAUGAAUAGUACACAUACUGAUGAAAAUUUGUCGAAUGUGAUGACUUUAAUUGAUGGAAUGGAUGAACAGAGUUUGCGACGUUUGCUGCGAUUCAUUAAAUGCAAACUGAGACAAGCUGUUUCUGUAGAAAGUAAUAAUAACAACGAGUUGUCUGCAUUCAUGCAACCGCCACUAGUGGUUACCAUCAAGGAGGAACCAGAGUUAUCGCUAUGACUCUUUAAAGUUUUACAUAUAUAGUAUAUAAAAUUUGUUCACCUUGGGAUCGGUACUAACAACUGUAGUAAUUUAGCACUGAAAUUUAACUGUAUUCACAAUUAACACCAACCAUAAUAAACGUACAAAGCCCGCCAAAUACAGGGGCUUAUUCGAGGCACUCCAUAUCUGCGACAAUAUUGCAGCCCUGAUACUCAAUUUGCAGAUGCUCAGCUGAUACUUAAGCAAAAUAAUUGCAAUAUAUUGCGCGAAUUGUGACCGAAUGUGAAAGUUUAACCAUGCAUUUUGUAGUAAAUAUAGCGAUAGAUACUUUUGAAAGCAGUGAUAAUAACUUGCUGAU